UUCUCAUCACUCUGCUCCCCCACCUCACCACUAUAUAUUCUGAGAGACCCUCCUUUUGGCUUCAUCAUCAAUGGCGUCCCAGAACAAUGAUUUGGUCUUUCAGGACUACUUCCCGAGCAUGGUGGAGAAGCUGGGCAUGGAGGGGUUCAUGAGGGAACUGAGGAAUGGAUUUCAGCUGCUGAUGGACAGAGAGGAGGAGGUGAUCACGUUCGAGAGCUUGAAGAAGAGCUCUGCGUCGCUGGGGUUGCAGGAGAUGAGCGACGACGAGAUAAUGGGUAUGCUCAGGGAAGGUGAUUUGGACGGAGAUGGUGCUCUCGAUGAAAUGGAGUUUUGCAUUCUUAUGUUCAGGUUGAGCCCAGAGUUGAUGAACAAUUCCAAGUCCCUCUUGGAGGAAGCCAUUUUCACUCAACCAUGACCUUCCUCUGUUUUUUCUCUCAUCUUCUUCCUCGCUCUUGUUCUCCUAUGGUGCUCCAUUUUUUUUUUUUGGUAACGUCCAUCUUCUGUGAUCUGGUAUGGAAGGUUUCUAGUCAGAUUUUUUUUAAAUAUAUUUUUCUUUUUUAAUCCUAAAUAAAAGGAAAAACAAAAGAAGCCGUUAUAACGUGGGGAAUUAAAAUUCGAAUCUUUGGCUUUCCAGAAACUGGAUGAAAUGUAAUAGGAGAUUAAACUGGAUCAUGGGUUUUCAGAAAAAUCUGGGUUUUAUGCCAAUAGCAGUGGCUGAACGUGUAGCAGUCAAAACGGGUUUGCAGGUCUGCAAGCAAUUUGGCUAUUCCAAGCUUACAAUUUGCUGAGGUUCCCCAGACACCAUCAAACUUGCAGUGAAAGAUGCUGGUUCGAAGCACCCCUGGUUUAAUGAGAUUCAUGAGAUGAGGUCCCUGAUCUUCUCAGAAUGGGACAUUGAAAUCCGCUACUGAAGGAGAACUAACUUACGAUAUGCAGAGUGCAGACUCUCUUGCGAAAACCGCUCAUUUGCUGGAACAAGAUAUUGAAUUAAUCCGUACUCCACCUGAUUCCAUCUUGACUUUCUACCUCGGAGACAAACUUGUAUUUAGCUAGUCUUUUUCUGAUUUCUUU